AUGGAGGGUUUCACAAAACGUUUGGCUGCCGUUGGUGAUGUUUGCCUCCCGGUAUUGGGUCCACGUGAUCCUCUCUGUGCUUCGGCGGAUACAUUGAACGACAUGGAGGCUAGCCGGUCUUUUGCGAUUAGUCCUUUGUCACGUUUGUGUGAAGCGAUUCCACAAGAACACACGAUCAAAUCCAUCCACUCGUCGAAUGAAGCGAAAAUCCACCAGGACUUCCACAAGAGUACUCCUUUAAAACAGUACAGCCUGGAAAAAGUUUUCAUUAUGCAGCAUUUACGACCGUAUUUGUCCGUCACACUGCACACAGAGUACAACCUAUGCCAGCGUCACCAACUUUGCUUGGUAAACGCGGUGGGUUCGCUAUUCGUUUACGCCUAUACUUGGUCUCCUGUUGCAUGUGUUGUCAACAUUCGCACAUCAAAUGAUGACGAACAUAAUGUGGUCUCAGUUGUGUGGACUACGGCCGACACCUUUGAGUUCGUUCUCAUGAUUCUGACUGGCGGUGCGCUGACACCCAACUCGAAAUCAUACAUGUCAGAGCAUGCCUAG